AUGCGCGUGGCCGCCGUUGUCCAGCUCAACCACGGCAUCGCAUUGUCCAAUGAUGGACGAACACUAUAUGCCUCGACACCAGACAAGGUAUUUGCAUGGAUCUACGAUGCCGCUAAUGGCAAAGUUAGCGUAAACAACAAGACUGUUGUUAAGGACAUGUACAAUGCUGGACAUACCUCUCGAACACUUCUCAUGUCCGACAAGGCCCCAGGCUUGCUCGUCGUGUCGCGGGGAUCUGAAGGCAAUGUGGAUUCCAUGGCCCUCGGUCGGGCAUCUGGUCACUCGCAGCUUCGUGUUUUCAAUGUCACUAGCAUUGCUGCUGACGGGGAAGCUUUCAGUUUCUCCCGCGACGGAAAAAUAUUAGGAUGGGGACUUCGCAACUCAGUUGGCGUAGUCGAGCAUCCUAACGAUGGGGGAAUUUGGUCGGUGGAGAACUCCGUGGACAACCUGGAGCGUGAUGGUGUUGAUAUACACUCCAACAACCCUGGAGAGGAGCUAAAUUUUCAUGGCUUCCUCAGUAGCUCGACUUAUGGACAAGAGGCCAACUACGGUUACCCCAGAUGUCUAGCCCUCUGGUCGACGGAUGGCUUCCCAAGGCUUGGUAACAUGAGCACCGGAGACCAAUUUGAAGUCUCCAACGACCGCGCAAAUGAUACAUCAGGUUGCAGUACUCAGUACACGGCACCAAGACUGACCUUCCAGGCACACUCGGCACCUCUCGACAUCGUGUUCACGCCAGAUGGAUCGGAGGCUUUUGUCACGUUUCACGGCAGCUGUAUGGCCUAA